AUGGGUAACAGUUCAUCAAAAAAGAAUAAGGAUAAGGACCUUGAUAAAAGACCAAAGAAGAAUAAACAUUCCAAAUCAAAGAAUAAGAGUGAGAUAGAUCGUGAGAUUGACUUUCCUGUUCCUGCGUCUGUAACGCCACAUACAACAACGUUGACAGCAACUGGUGGCGGACCAUCUUCAACAUCCGGCGGUAGUAGUAGAGCACGAUCAGUUACAAACAAUAAUGCAACAACGGUAGAUACUACAACACAUAAGGAUACACCGGGGGACAAGACCAAAAGACUGGAGGAAUUCUUUGAGAAGUAUAGAGAACAAGGUACUGACUCGAUCGGACCAGAUGGAGUGGUGCAGUUAUGCUCCGAUCUAGGUGUAGAGCCAGAGGAUAUUGUAAUGUUGGUACUUGCAUGGCAUUUGAAAGCCAAAAGCAUGGGAUACUUCACCAAACAAGAGUUUGUAACAGGACUCUCUGAACUAGGGAUCGACUCAUUGGCUAAACUUCAAUCACAUCUACCAAGCUUGAGGAAGGACUUGGAUGAUGCCAAUAACUUUAAAGAGAUAUACAGGUUUGCAUUCCUGUUUUCCAAGGAGAGUGAGAACAAUAAGAUAUUGGAGUUGGCCAAUGCUUGUGAUAUGAUAUCACUGGUAUUAUGUCCAAAGUAUGAGCAGGCCACACAAUUGAUUGACUAUCUGACCAAUCAUCAAAAGAGUUAUAGAGGUAUAAACAUGGAUCAAUGGUUAUCAAUAUUCGAGUUUGUAAAGACAAUAGCACCUGAUGCAUCAAACUAUGAUGAGAAUGGAGCAUGGCCAGUAUUGUUGGAUGAAUAUGUCGACUGGGUCAAGACAAAGGCAGGCUCAUAG